AUGGAAGCUGAGAUACUCUACCUCUUUAACGCCUCCUACGCCUCUCGCACUGUCCCCGCUGCCUGGAAGUCCGCUGCCAUUGUCCCCAUCCCGAAGGCAGGGGAUGCCACGCAGUACCGCCCCAUCUCCGUCAUCAGCUGCCUGGGCAAGACGAUGGAGCGGGUCCUCUUCUACUGUCUCGAGAGGGGUAACGGGCAGGGCCGGGUCCUGAGCUACGCGGACGACAUCGCCAUCGUCUCCUCAGAACCCAACCACGUGGCUCGGGCCCGCGCCAUGCUCCGCCGCCUCCUUGCCUCCUGCACUGAGUUUGGCCUCGUGCCCAACCCGGCCAAGUCGAAGGCCAUGGCCUUUGGUUUUGUCCUUCCCCGGGACCCCCUCUACAUUGACGCCGUCCUCGUGCCUUGGGUCCCUCAGUUCACCUACCUGGGCAUGCUCCUCGACUCUCACCUUUCCUUUAAGUCCUGCAUAGCCUCCGUCUGA